CCGCGCUCGGCCGAAGCUUCCCUCUGCUCCACUGCGGAUUCAUAUAUAGAGCGAUGAGAGAGAGAGAGAGGGAGGGAGAGAGAAUUCAACAGCAUAGCAUAAACUGAGUCAUAUGUACAUGCACAAAAAUAGAAAGCACAUAGAGGAAACACAGACCACUCAAACGAAGAGGAGGUGGCGGAAAGACACAGCAGGUGACAUUAACGAAGGAAACUGUUCAAACCUUAUCAGGACUUUAUCUGCACAUCACCCUGAAUUUUUGAUCCGAGGGGAGUGGCCGGCAGCAGUCAAUCCAGCCAGUUGGCAACGAAGAGGGGUGUGCGUUGGUCCAAUCGUGGGGAAGAUGUUGGUUAGGGGACGGGAGCUCUCUCUGGGGGGUGUGGCUCUCCUGCUGUGGCUUUGCUGUGGGGUGGGCGGGAUUGAAGUACCGCUGGACCUUAAACAGCCUCCGACCAUCACGAAGCAGUCAGUGAAGCACUACAUCGUGGACCCCAGAGACAAUAUCAUUAUCGAGUGUGAAGCCAAGGGGAACCCCAUACCCAGUUUCUCGUGGACGCGGAAUGGGAAGGUCUUCAAUGUGGCGAAGGACCCGCGGGUCUCGAUGCGGCACCGCUCCGGCACGCUGGAGAUCGGCUUCCGCAGCGGGGGCCGGCCGGAGGAGUACGAGGGGGAGUACCAGUGCUUCGCCCGGAACGAGUACGGCACUGCGCUGUCCAGCAAGAUCCUGCUGCGGGUCUCCAAGUCUCCUCUGUGGCCCAAAGAGAAUCUGGAGCCUCGGGAAGUGACUGAGGGCUCUCCCAUCAUCCUGCCCUGCAACCCUCCCCCUGGACUGCCUCCCCCCCUCAUCUUCUGGAUGAACAGUGCUAUGAUGCCAAUCGUUCAGGACAAGCGUGUCUCCAUGGGGCUGAACGGGGAUCUCUACUUCUCCAACGUGGUGGCCAUGGACGCGAUGACAGACUACAGCUGCAACGCCCGCUUUCAAUUCACACACACGAUCCAGCAGAAGAACCCUUUCUCCCUCAAAGUGAUCACCACUCGCGGAGUUCCAGAGACCGCGCCUGCCUUUCUCUCUCCCACGGGAACAGCGAGCUCCAAGACGGUCCUGCGCGGAGAGGAUUUGCUUCUGGAGUGCAUCGCCUCGGGAGUGCCCACCCCCGACAUCAAGUGGUUUAAGAGGGGGGGGGAACUCCCCGCCCUGAAGACGAAGCUCGAGAACUUCAACAAGACGCUACGCAUCAGCGGGGUAUCGGAGGAGGACUCGGGGGAGUACUUCUGUCUCGCCAACAACAAGAUGGGGGGGACCCGCCACAUAGUGUCUGUGACAGUGCAAGCUGCCCCCUACUGGCUGAAUAAGCCCACUAACCUGGUUCUGGCCCCUGAAGAAGAUGGGAGGCUGGUGUGUCGAGCCAAUGGGAACCCCAAACCCACCAUCCAGUGGCUGGUCAACGGAGAGGCCAUAGAGAAUGCCUCCCCAAACCCGAGCCGCAAGGUUUCCGGUGAUACCAUCGUCUUCCGUUCGGUGCAGAUAGGCGGCAGCGCUGUGUACCAGUGCAUCGCCUCCAACAAGCACGGCUACUUGCUGGCUAACGCCUUUGUUAAUGUACUGGACAUGCCACCACGUAUGCUGGCCCCGUGGAACCAGCUUAUCAAGGUGAUCGAGAACAACCGUACCCUCCUCGACUGCCCCUACUUUGGCUCUCCACUGCCCACGCUGCGCUGGUUUAAGAACGGACAGGGCAGUAACCUGGACGGGGGGCAGUACCGCGUCUACGACAACGGGACUCUGGAGAUCAAGCGUGCUCGCAAGGAGGACCAGGGCACCUACACCUGCGUGGCGACAAACAUCCUGGGCAAGGCCGAGAACCAGGUCCGCCUCGAGGUCAAAGAGCCCACUCGGAUCAUCCGAGGCCCGGAGGACCUGAUGGCGAAGCAGGGCACGCCGGCCCGGUUCGACUGCCGCAUCAAGCACGACCCAACCAUGCGCCCCACCGUCAUCUGGCUCAAAGACGACAAAGCGCUGACCUUGGGCUGGAGGGUGAAGAAAGACGAGGAAUCGAUGACCAUCAGAAAUGUGAAUGAGAACGACGAGGGGCUUUACACUUGUGUGGUGAGCACUGAGCUGGAUGAAGACUCUGCCACAGCGCGCCUCACUGUCUUGGAGUUCCUCGUUCAGUAUGAAGAGGACCGAUGGGAGAGAGGGAAGUGGCACAAUCUAUCCAGUUACCCCGGCAACCUCAACUCCGUCAUCCUGCAGCUGUCUCCCUACGUCAACUACCAGUUCCGCGUCCUGGCUAUCAAUGAGAUCGGAGCCAGCAACCCCAGCCAGCCGUCCGAGCGCUACCAGACCAGCGGGGCCCCUCCAGAGUUAAUUCCCCAGGGCAUUCGCGGUAAGGGUUCGAGGAAGACGAACAUGGAGAUCACCUGGGAGAUGAUUCCGGGGAUGGAUCAAAACGGACCUAACUUUCGCUACGUGGUGUGGUGGCGGCGGAGGGACUCCCGUGAGGAGUGGAAGAACAUCACGACCACGUACCUGAAGUACGUCGUGACCGACACCGACACCUACAUCCCCUAUGAGAUCAGAGUGCAGGCUCAGAACGACUUCGGGCUGGGCCCUGAGGGCCCCGUAGUGAUCGGCUACUCGGGGGAGGACUACCCCAGAUCAGCCCCCAGCAACUUACGGGUCAGGCCAUCCGCCACCAAAGCCGUGGUGUACUGGACCCAUGUCUCAGCAGAGAGCGUGCAAGGGGAGCUGAAGGAAUACAAGUCCAGCAUAUGGGUUGAUUUCGAAAUGAAGACCUGUACUCGGGUCGAGUGGGGUCUCAGUGUGUCUCGGGUGAAGAAAUGGACCAGCUUUACUUCGUGGACGUCCAGGCCCUCAGGUGUGGUGUCCGGUCUCUUCCCCUACAGCAACUACAAGCUGUAUAUGGUGGCUGUAAACGGCAGGGGGGAGGGGCCUCCCUCCGUCACAGUGGACUUCCAGACCCCCGAGGGAGUGCCUGCUGUCCCAAAAUACUUACGAAUUCAGCAGAGGAACGUGGACGCCAUAUACCUGGACUGGGACCACCCAGUGGAGCCUAACGGCAUCAUCACAGGAUACCUCCUCAAGUACCAGACUGUGAAUGGGUCUCGGACUGGCAAGAUGAUAACAGAGAACCUCUCUGCCAACACCACCAGUUACACGCUGCGACGAAGUGACCGCUACACGCGAUACAAGUUUUAUCUGAGCGCCCGGACGCAAGUGGGUUCAGGAGAGGUGUACAUCGAGGAGUCUCCCGACUUCGCCAACGAAGCGUACACCAAGGACCACGUGGACAUCGCCACCCAGGGCUGGUUCAUCGGGCUGAUGUGCGCCAUCGCUCUGCUGGUGCUGAUCCUCCUCAUCGUCUGCUUCAUAAAGAGGAGCCGCGGAGGCAAGUAUCCAGUGCGGGACAAAAAGGACCUUCCUUUAGAUCCCAUGGAGCAUAAGGACCAGGAUGGGUCUUUCGAUUACCGGUCUCUUGAAAGGUUAAACCGUGUUACCACACUUCCGUAUAUUAAACGCGAUGAGGAUAACAAGCCCCUGCAGGGCAGCCAGACCUCUCUGGAAGGGACUAUCAAACAGCAGGAGAGUGAUGACAGCCUGGUGGACUACGGAGAAGGGGGGGAUGGCCAGUUCAAUGAGGACGGCUCCUUCAUCGGCCAGUACACCGUCAAGAAGGACAAGGAGGAAACUGAGGGCAACGAGAGCUCCGAGGCCACGUCUCCUGUCAAUGCCAUCUACUCGCUGGCGUAACCCUGCCAUGGGGGGUGGGGGAGGGGGGAGAGUGCUGCUGACUGACACAAAGACACCAAGAACCAAGAACACCACGCAGGCAUACACCACUGUUCGAAGAAUAGGAGCAGGUCAGGAAACUGCACCCAGUGUUCACCAUCUUGGAUCCAGCCGGUCUACAGUUACAGCAGGAAAGAUCCAAGUUGGAGCCACAGUGGGACCAGUUUCCUAACCCUACUACUCUAAACCUUAGUACAGGCAGAAGUGGGAGAGUGCAAAGGAAGUCCAAGUAGGUCAGCGAUGAGAGUGAGAGGAGACAUGGUGAUAGGGUUCUUCAGAAAGAGAAUCCUGCUCCAGGUCUUUGUCCCAAUCAGGCCUGUACAUACAUAUAUAAGCUUAUUGACGUGCCAUUUCCAUUGCACAGCUGCACCCGUCAGAUACAAGAGCAGUUCUGAUGAUUUUAUCAUAUUGAUAUCAAUAGUGCGUAAAUUUUUGUCUUGUUGUCUGGUGUGUAUAAAGUGAUUAAUGCAAAGUUAUCUGACCUUCUAUUUAUGUGGCUCUGCCUGCUGUAUAAUGUAGUAUACUACAGGUGGGAUCUGCGCAGUUAAAAGAUUUCAGAGUCAUGUGACUUUCUGUAAUGGGAAAAUCAAAGACAAGGCACCGGAAACUAUAGCCAGCUAGAAAAACAUCCCACAGAAUGAUAAACGUAAAAAAAAAAAUGAUGGGAGGGAAAAAAGCAAUUUACUUUGCAAAGUAGACUUGUUAUAGAACAUGUAGCCUUUAUUGUGCAAUGGAAAACCAGUUCAAAAACAGCAUGGAGGACCCAGCUGGAAGGAAAACCCGAACUAGAAUACCCCUGGUUGGGUGGUAUUUUUGCAAUGACUGGAGAGCAGAAGCUUGGUGUUCUCUCAAAGAGAAGGCUGCCCACAUGGUCAGUUUUAAAAUCCUGCUCCUUUGUUUCAUUUCUGAUUAUUUUUAUUGUAUCCAGAGCAACCCCACCCCUGCUCCAGCUCACCCAUCCCUGCUCCAGCGACUCCCUGCAUCAAAAACCAAUGGGGCGACACGGAUCGGCCUCACUGGAGCAAGAAGCAGUGGCUCACCCACCACUGACUGAACCGAGGGGGAAGAUGUGACAGACCCACUUCCUCUCCUCUCCCCACCACCAUCACCCUGUGUAUCUUACUCCCAGAGAAAUAGCAAAGAAUACCACAGUAAACGCUCGAAACACACACUAAAACUGCCAAACGAAAAUGCCUGUGACGUGUCAAGAGAAAAAAACUCUUUAAACGAUGAGAGACCAAAAAAAAGGGAAAGGAUUUAAAGCAGAGGUCAUCAGGAGAGAGCCGCAAAGACAGCGAGGCAGAAGUCGACACAGCCAGCCCCUAGCCAUCUCUUUUAACAGCUGAUGCAGUCAACCAAGCAGCUUGGAUAUUGACAUCAACCCUGGUUCCCAACGGGACCCAGUCUUUCUUUUUGCCUUUUUCUUUCUGCUAAGACCGAAACCCCUUUGACCUCUGUGUCCCCCUGCACGUUCACUGGACCCUGUAAAAUGAAUAAUCUCCUGUUGUCAUUAUUCUGUAAAAAAUGGUACACCGCUUGAUCUAGUAAUUUAUAUGCAGCCUUGGCAAACCUUUGUUUGAGUGGCCCUGGACUGCUGUGCUUGUGGGUGUGCGUGUGUGCAUGUGCGUGCGUGUGCGUGUGCGUGUGCGUGUGCGUGUGCGUGUGCGUGUGCAUGGCAGAAGGUGUUUUAAGGUUUAAGUGGCGAGGGGUUUAUUUAUGUUGGCCGUUAAUGAAACCCAGAACAUAAAAUGAAGAUCCAAGGAGCAUGAUAUUUCAACUCACGUCUCGGAUAAAAG